CACAGAUCGUGUGGAACAAUCAUGGCGCACUGGUGCCAGGCGGCCUUCCGGCACAUCGAGCCGAUCAUCGUGCUGGAGCAGCUGGGCAGCUCGCUGUUCGACACCGCCCUGCAGAUGGUGGUGAAGGACCGCUGCGCCAACGCCACCUACCCGGGUCGCUCCAGAGAGGACAGCCAGCAGAAAGCCAUGACGGACUUCUACAUGAUCUACAACCUCAUCAUCCAGUUCACCACCAUCGUCCCCGCGCUGCUGCUGGCCAAGUUCGGCGACCGCGGCUGGAGGAGAGCGCCCGUGGUGGUCCCCCUCAUCGGGUACCUGCUGUCCAGGCUCGCCCUGCUGCUCGUGCUCACCUGCGGGCUGCCGCUGCAGGUGAUGUACGGGGCGGCGGUGCUGUUCGGCCUCUCCGGCGGGUUCAGCGCCUACUGGCCCGGGGUCAUGACGCUGGCGUCGCUCGCCUCCACGGCGGCGGGUCGCUCCACGGCCAUGAUGAGGGUGGAGCUGCUGUAUGGGAUGGCAGGACUGGUGGGCAGUCUGGUGUCCGGUCAUCUGUUCCUGAUCUACAGCCCCAGUUUGCGUCACGGAACCAUCCUGCUGAUUGUGAGCACGCUGCUGCACCUGCUCUGCCUCAUCAUUUCCAUCAUCCUGCUGCAGGUGAAAGAAGUGUGCAGGGAGGACCAGGAGGAGAACUAUCACCUCCUCCAUCAUGCCUCCAGGAAUGCCCACGUUCCCGAGGCUGCUGCUGGGAUUAACAAGGUGAACGUGGCGCUGCUGUUUGUGGCAGCUUUCCUGUAUGACUUCGCUGUGGGUGGAGGUGUGGAAGUACUGGGUUCGUUUGUGCUCAAAUCGCCUCUCAGCUGGACCGCCACACAGGUGGGUUAUGGGAACGCAGCAGGCUGUAUUAUUUUCCUCACCAGUUACCUCGGUGUCGCCGUGUUCCGGCGAUGGGUCAGCGAUGAAACCUUGAUCCUAAUCGGCAUGCUGUCGUUUGCUUCUGGCAUCUACUUCAUGACCUUUGCCACAACAACCGCCAUCUUCUAUGCCGCCCGUUCGUUGAACCUGUUUGCUCUCAUCCCGAUGCCAACGAUCAGAUCUCUGGUCUCCCAGCUGGUUCCUGCAUCCUCGUGUGGCAUGAUGCUCACCUUACUGCAGAUAACUCUGAAGUUUGCCAGCCUGUCCUACAUCCCUGCUUUCACCAAGAUCUACCAGGACACUCUGGACUGGCUGCCAGGCUUCGUCUUUCUACUUUCCAGCAUCUUCACAGUACUCGCCAUGAUACCAGUCAGCAUCGUCGGCUGCAGAACUGCUAAGAGGCAACUCUACAUGAGGAUUCAGGGCGACUGAAGCGGCAGCCGUGACGAGAAA